AUGUUGAGGAGAUCUGCAAGAAAGAGGAGACUUCCAGCUCAAUUUGUGGAGGAGGAAGAGAAGAUGGAGAUGCAGGAGGAGGCAGGGGGUGUGUCUCCAUCCCAAACACAGUAAGUAAAUAGUAUGCAUACUCCCAAAUCUAGUUCUAAUAUAAUGAUAUCAUUAUUUGAAUUCAUAAUAUUUCAUAUAUAAAUACUUUUUAUUUAUGAUUAUCUUCUCAAUACAUUUUUAGAGAUUCUUCUGAUGAGGGGUCUUCAAAAAGGACAAGGCGGGGACGAAGUCUGGUCUGUGGCCGACGCAGGCGGCACAGCAGCAGCAGUGGUGGUCCUGAUGCUGCUGGUGAUGCUCCUGCAUGUCAUUCACCACAACUGCAGGAGGCCUGGAAGACAGAGGCAGACCCUGACCCUCAUCCAACAAGUACAUGGGAGGGGUGGACACUUCUGACCAGAUGUUGGGCACCAACUCUGUCCACAGGAAGACCAGAAGAUGGCCCAUGACUGUGUUUCAACACCUUGUGGAUACAGCUGCAGCAAACAGCUAUAUCCUCUACAAAGAAAUCAGUGUGACACAGAAGAGGAAGCUCAUGACACCCCAGGCUUUCCAGGAGAAGCUGUGUGCCGAGCUGCUUGGUGUGCCACUCAAUCCACCGCCCAAGCCCCCCACACCCCCCACUCAAGGCUGCUUUCCUGUCCCCACCAGCAGAGGGCAGUCAAUGGAGAAAAGGCAGAGAGACAGCCAGGGGAGAAAACAAUGCACUCCCUGUAAGUGUGAAGAGUGUAGAGUUGGUCUCUGCCUUCAAUUAUAUACGAAAUGCUACAGGGAGUUUAAUUCCUAAAAAACGCCUGGUUAUUAGUAGACUUUUUCAAGCAGUAACAGGUUAAAAGAAGGUUCCAGGAAAACAAAACUGCUUGAGCUGUUGUAUUAUAGUUCAAGUUUUUUUUGUCAUCUCAAAAUCUUUGGACCUGUACAUCUUAAGUGUUCAUAAAUACAAAACCUUCUAAAAAAUCAGUUCCGUUUUUUAUUUUUGUUGUUAUUUCACACAGUUUAACUAUAUAUAACAUGUUAAAAAUGUAAAAUACUUGAGAGAUUUUGAAAGUUUAACUUAUCUUGAAAAAAGGGGCAAAAGAUUUCACAUAAAAGACACUUUUUGACACAUUUACAGCUAAAAAAAGAGAAUAAUGACCAGGCGGACUGUUAAUAUUACAGGCUUAAAAGGGUUAAUUUUCAAUUUGAGAGCCAAGGGAAAGUACCACUUGGAUUUCUUUGCUCAGAUUUCCUGUAAAGAUAAUUCCUAUUCUUAACACAUUGAAUACUUGAGGCUCAAAUUACAACAAGCCUCUUAAAUUAUACCCGUGUGGUUACUAAAAAAAGGAUCUUGGAAACAAAAAAGAACCACACAGACGAAAAUGAGGUUUUGGCCUAAAUAAUCUCUUGAUAAUGCUGACCAUCUCUGCUAAAAAUCACCUAAAUCCUUAGUUGAACCCUCUGAGCAAUAGACAGCUAUUAGAUGUUUAGUUUUUUUUUAAGACCCAUUUUCAACCGUCUAGAUCAGGGGUCGGCAACCCGCGGCUCUGGAGCCGCAUGCGGCUCUUUCUUCCCUAAGCUGCGGCUCCCAAUGGAUUUGGAAAAUAAAUAAUAAAUACUUAAAUUUUAUUUUAUUUUAUUAUUAUUAUUUUUUUGUAAUUCUAAAUUCAAAGAUUACAAUGCUCUUGUAACAUUAAAUAAACUAUUAAGGCUGCAACAACGAAUCGAUUAAGUCAAUUCGUCGUGACGAAAAAAUCCGUUGCCAACUAAUUCUGUAAUCGAUUCGUCGGGUCUUUAUAUAUGUCCAUGGACACCGGCGUGUAAACAUCAGCAGGACGCACACAAAAGAAACAGCCAUGGCCGAGGCAGCGGCUGAGAAAAACAUUGACACUACCCAACCCAAAUCCCGACCUAAAACAUCAGUGGUGUGGGAAAACUUUACCAAGACUGAAAAGGAAGGCGUUCAGUGCAACAUUUGCAAAGCCCGUUUUGCAUGGCACGGGAGUACAUCGAUGAUGCGUGAGCACAGGGCUCUCAAGUCUCACGCAUUCAGCGUAUGACACACGCAUUCCCACUCGUUCACACGCUCACACACCACACAUUGUAUUUCUCACGCAUUUAAAUGAACAUGAUGUCCACCAAGUUGCACUUCUUUAACCAACUACAUCCUGGUUCAUGCACCCUGGUCAUUUACCGAGCCUAAUUUUCCACUCACUCAUCGUUCAAUUUGUCCUCUGUUCAAUAGCAGGGUAUUGUCAGCUUCACUAGUGUUUGCCAAAGGUAAGCAUCCCCAAUUGUCCCAUCAGAGGAGUAAAUAUAUACUCCUCUGAUAUUUCACCCAUCAUGUUUCUGAUAAAUGUGUCCCGCAGGUGUUGGUAUUUCUGGAGCUUUGAAAGAACAAGAUCAAGUUUCAGACUCUCAUGUAACGGUAUUUUGGUUGCUUGUUGACCUAGUUUGGACAUCUAUGAGACUCUCGUUUUAGGAUUCAUCCAGACACAUAAAUAACGGAUAAUAUAUCAAUGAGGUUAUUAGGUUACCGUCUUAACACAUUUCCUUAUACGCUCAAAUUUAAGCUGUCUUAGUGAGCAAUCAUCCACCUGUUUCUACCUGAACACACGUUCACACACGUACAUCUAUGGGGGGUUUGUUCCUGUGUGCAUGGAUACGGCAUAUAAAAGCCCCUGAAGGGGUAGUUCAGGCAGUUCCUCUUAGGCUGACCUGCAAGAGAGCGUCAGGCAGCAUGAAAACCAGGCAGUGGCUGCUGGCUGUGUGCUUGUCUCUGGUCUCAGGUGCUGUAAACUCUUAUUCACUGUUGGGCUUUCAAUUAUUCUGCAUGCAUAUUGGACUAUCUAUUGUUUUCAUGGUUGUUGAAAUGGAUUUGACGAUUUUGGACGGUUGUACCUGUCAAUGAAGUUCUUUUAUUUUCAUGCUUAAAAAUGCUCUUUUUCAAUCACAUGAUUCAUCCAUGCAUUACAAAUCUAAAAAUAACAACCAAAAUAUGACAUUUCUGCCAUAUCCAGACUUUAUUUCAUGUUUUCCUUUUAGCACUAAUUGUAAUCUUCACAUCUUCUUUCAGUUUUGGGAACAGGAGAAUCUGUCACAGUCACAGAAACUCAUAAAUGUGAGUAAUUUAUUAUUUUUUUCACUUUUACUCUUUUAUGAAGCUUCUAUCAAAUCAAUAUGAUCAACAAAUUACUAAAAAAGCACUUAUAUACUGUCCGAUAAAUGAUAAAAAUGUCCUCUUGUUGUUUAUCAGUUUCCAAAAACAUCUAAUGUAUCAAACGAGAUCAAUAAAUAUAUUUGUUAAAUUUUAAGGACAUUUUGAUUUUUUUGUUUUUCAGUAGAAAGUGAAAUAAACAUUUCAGCUCAAACAAAAUAGAAUUUUCUGGCCAUAAUUUGUAGUUUCAGGCAUGUAAGGGCUAGAUUAGUUUUUAAAGAUUAUAUGUAAGAACCUACUGAGCAUUUUUUGGUCUAAAUUGAAUAUAAUAUAAUAUAAUAUAAUAUAAUAUAAUAUUCUUUAUUGAUCCCCCAUGGUGGAAAUUUUUUUGUCACAGCAGCAUCACAGACAAAGAGUGCAAAAAUGCAGUUAUAAAAUAAAAUAAAGAUCGUAAUAUUAAGAACUUAAAUAAAUGUAAUAAUUAAGAAAAAAUUUAGAAAAAGGAAAAAGGGAGAAGAAAAAUAAAACUAUCUACAAUUUACACAAUUUAAAUGCCAGAAAAAAAGUGGUGGUUUGAGUCCAGUUAUUAUUACAGUUCGUUGUAAAGUGUAACACUUCUCUCUUUAUUGUAAAAUUCUCUGCAGCUGCUUAUGUCACGAAUGUUCAGUCCAACCAUCUCUGUACAAUUGAAAAUAAGUCCCACCUCACUAGUGUGAGGGUGAUGUGUAUGUGUGUAACAGUGUAAAAGGAUUCAGGGUCCGCGGCAUCUCCAAGUAUCCUCCGGGGUUUGGCUUGCCAUCAAACUUCGACUGGCUCCAUUCUCCAGGUAGGUCCAAUUCUGAAUGGGGUCCAACAGAAAAACCUGACCUACAACGGGUAGAGUCAGAGCAUUCAUUUAACUUUGCCAACUCUCAAUGAAUUGGAAUAAAAUCAUAUUAAGUCAACACAAACUCUACUUCAAUAGAGAAUAACUUGUGUUUACUGAAUUUCUGUUGUAAUAUGACAUCACAAUUCUCAGCAAUAAAAUAAACAACACUCAAUUAUCAGAAUAUGAUUAAUUCUAUUAUGUUAGUAUAUUGUUGAAAUAACCUCUCAAAACCAGUAAUAUCAAAACAUUCUGUGCUCUUUACAUUGUAAUUAGUACACAAAUAACAUCAGCCAAUGAGGAAAUAAAAUAUGUAUGUGCACAGUUGGUAACCUGUGGCUAAGGGCGCUUAAAAUUCACAGGCAGAAUGCUAAACACACACUCUAUACUGCUCAGUGAGCACAGAAAAAAGAACUAACAAAAAGAGGAAAACAAAUGUCUCAUAUGAAAAAAAUAGCAGACUAAUGCAUCGCAUUCAUAUUCCUAAUGUCUACCCUAAUGUUAAAUAGCACUUCGAGCUAGCGCUCAGACAUUAGCUCGUACGCUACGUGUCGCCGUUAUCUUUUACAGUUUAGCAUCUCAAACUGGUCGCUCACCGAUGCGUUUCUCCUCCCGUACGGCUUCUCUCACUGCGCUCACACAGGUCCAGGUCGGCCGGGGGAAUUUUUCCAACAGCUUUCUCUGAGUUUUAUCCAGGUUUUUGAUAGUUUUACCAUUGAUCGUGUUCAAUCUGGCUUGCUCUCGUUCUCAUAGCGGCUACAGAGGAAGUGAACGUGCGCCGAUCGGGUCAGUGGGUGGGAGCUUCUCCUCUGAUUGGAUGAAAGACCGCUCUUUCAAAUUACAAAUCCAUGACUUUUCUGUUACUGUUAAAUUUCUCCUUUUAAGUGAACAUGUUUCUUUUAAUCGGCUAAUAAGCAUCAUAUUCAAUGAAUUGAUUUUCCACUAUGAAUUUAACAGUCUCUCUAUAUUCAAACAUCUUGGAUUUUAAUACACAAUGAACUAUUUUCAAUAAAGAUUUUUAACCUGGGUUACUAAAGUCUUAUUGCAGAAAGGAGGAAUAACCUGCGGUAGCGCUCCGUCUUGCAAGGUGGGAGUCUAAGUCUGCUGUUGAGGGAGCUGCUUAAAGCCCCCACAGUCUGGUGCAGUGGGUGAGAGGAAUUGUUCAUGAUGGAUACAAGCUUAAAGUUUAAAAGAGGUCUAAUAGACAUUUAAAUGUAGUAUAGACGACUGGUCUAAAAUCAGACUACCACAGGUCUAAAAAUAAAAGUUUUCAGACGUCUAAAUUUAGGCCGAGUUUAGACCAGCCAGCUAACAGAAGUCUACCAGUAUAUUGCUCAGUGGCUAUCAUAAUUGUUUUGGUUCAGAUCAGUUAUGCAACUCAGUUGCUUUUUGAAAUAAAUACUUAUUAAAUAGCGGGUUAAGGUGCAACGUCUAAAUUCCGUCUCCACAUAUACAGAAUCUAGACGGUUGAAAUUAGGUCUAAAAAAUAACUAGACGUCAAAUGACCGUCUUUUGCUCAGUGGGAUGUUUAAUAGCUGGUCAAACUGUGAUGUUAGAUGGAUUCAAAGCUGAUGCUUCUGUUCACAUCUUCAGUCUAACAGCAUUUCUUCAUUAUGAGAUUAAUUCAACCUGCUAAAAAAGUUCAGGAUAACUCAUUUCAUUUCUCUUCCUGUCGUGAUCAGACACUUGCAGGACAUUCGGCAGUGGUGUCGUUCAGCCGUUCAAUGGCUCGAGUUUUUACGUGCGGUCUAAUUGCCAGUUCACCCUCACCCACUUCACCCACAACCGAGUGGAGUGCGAUAUCACCACGCGCCGAGAUGACAGCGGGCUUCUGGUUCGAGUGGAGAUCAUCAUGAAUAGAAUCCGGACUGUUCUACAGAACGGCAGCAUCCUGGUGGAGGGGAAAAGGUUUGAGCCUCGCCUUGACACGCCCUAAUGCCGUCUUAAAUCUAAUAAUGAGAAACCAACAGGUUGUAACCACACUGACCCAGUUCUCCAUGUGCUUUGCAUUAAUGUCAUUGACUUUAGUUGAUUAUUGGCUUUGGAUCUGGUGAAGUGUGAACUGAAAUGGUUUGUCUCUUCGGUUGAAGUAAAUCAAAACACGCAGAGCAUCAUUUUCUUACUUGGUGACUUGGCAAGGUGACCUCGAACCCUUAACACCUCACUGGUUUGAUCGUUGUGCCUGUCCUUUUCAGAGUUAAUGAGGUGAGAAGGCUUUUGGUUGGCCAGGAGUCAAGAUAAUGAUUUUUUAAGAUAAUGUGGUCCCACAAAAAGAUAUCCCUCUGAGCAUUUUUUGGUCUAAAAGAGGUCUAAUAAAGAUCUACAUGUAGUCUAGAUGACUGGUCUAAAAUAAGGCUACCACAGGUCUAAAAAUGAACGUUUUUUUAGACGUCUAAAUUUAGACCAAGUUUGGACCAAGUCUAAAUCUGGGCUAUAUCUUUACUUUACUGCUCAACAACUAUCAUAAUUUUUUUGGUUAAGUACUUGGAGAUCAGUUAUGCAACUCACAGUUGCUUUUUGAAAUAAAUAAGUAUCGAAUAAUGGGUCAAAGUGCAACCGUCUAAAUUCCGUCUAAAAAUACACAGAAUCUAGACGGUUGAAAUUAGGUCUAAAAAAAAACUAGACAUCUAAUAGCCGUCUAUUGCUCAGUGGGAUGCUAGUUUUUUAACAUGAUAAUACACAUACUCAGCCUCUUCUUUUUAAUAUAAAAUCCACAUGUAUUCUACUCCUACUAUAUUUGUACUGAUCUGUGUUCCCAGGGUUUCCCUCCCAUACGAUCACACCUACCAGCACAUCUUCCACUAUGGCAUCUACACCAAACUGAGGAGCUCCCUGCUUCCUCUGUCAAUCACCUGGCACAACGUACCUGGAGGAAUAGACACAGUGUGGGUGAGAGGACGCUCACUUUACAUACUUUUCUAUACUAACAGCAGAACAACCUGCUUAUCUCGCUUUUAUUUUUUCUUUAAUGAGAUGUUUCUCUUGUUUUUUUUACCAAUAACCUGAUUUUGUAUUCCUUUAUUGUGAUAUUUCUUUGCUUUUAACAUGUGGCCCUUUGAGGUCUCUGGAUGUAAAGGGCACUACAAAUAAAAUGUAUUAUUAUUACUAAUAUUAACAUAAUAAUUCUGAGUAAGUUUGAGCAUUAUACUUUUCAUCUAGGUGGAGCUGGAUCAGAAACUGAGCACUGACAUGACCGGACUGUGUGGACAACCAAGCACCCAAGGUAUGUUGGUAAUUACAGCAAAGUGAGGCAUGAUGGUUUAAGAAGAAGUCAACUUUUAUAAGUUCCUCUAGCUUUGGCAAUAACCCCAAAGUGUUAUUUUCUUAUGUAGGUAACAUGCAGCAGCUGAUCUCUGAGAGUGUGCUGGCUGACGACACGUGCCAAAGCCGAGAUCCUGUCUCUACUGUGAAUGCUGUAAGUUCAGACAUGAAGAAACACACACAUGUUGUUAAAGUCUUCGUCCCAGAGCUUGAGAUGGUUCCUCUGACCCUGUUUGCAGAAAUGCAGACAGUUCUUUUUCCACAUAGUGGCUUGCCUUCAAGCUGAGAUGCCCCAUUACAUGCAGCUCUGUGACGAGAACAUCUACAGCUAUGAAAAAAGCAAAUACAUUAGUUGUGCUUUCUUCAAAGAGGUCAUCUUGAAGUGUGGAAACAACAGCUUCGUCUGGUACAUUUGGAGAACUGUUACUGGAUGUGGUAGGUGUAUUAAAAACAGAUUUCCUUUGAUAACAUCGAUUUAAUGGAUACUUUAUUUGAUGUAAUGUUUCUUUGGGGUUUCUAUAGCAAAACCAAGCUGUCCUGGAAACCUGGAUUAUGUAGAACAGGGUCAGGCCUUUGUCCCCAGCUGCUCCAGACCAAACCCAAAAUACUCCGAUGAGGAUCUCAUCAGCUCCUGUGUCUGCCCAGAGGGUGAGCUUCAUCUGACAUGGACAAACACCUCUUUACUCGUAUAAUGAUUUUAAACUUUUAAUGUUUGUUUUUAAAGCUUGUAAUGUUCUCGCCCCCAUCUAUUUAACUGCGCAUUUAACCAUUUGGGAGCCAGGUAGAGCUCUGAGGUCGUCAAACCAACUUCUGCUGGAAGUGCCAGAUCAAAAUACAAACAAUGGGGUGACCAAAACUUUUCAGUUGCUGAUCCCAGGCUCUGGAAUACGCUCCCCACUAAAAUGAGACUUAUAUCUGACCUGGGCCUUUUCAAAUCUCGACUGAAAAUGUAUUUAUCUAUGCUGGCUUUUAAUAAUAAUAAUAAUAAUAAUGCAUUAGAUUUCAUAUAGCGCUUUAUCAGAAACCCUCAAAGCGCUUUACAAUGGAUACAUCAUUCAUUCGCUCACACAGUCACACUUUGGUGGUGGUAAACUACCUCAGUAGUCACAGCUGCCCUGGGGCAGACUGACGGAAACGUGGCUGCCAUUUUGCGUCUAUGGCCUCUCCGACCACCACCACACAACACUCACAAUCAAACACCAGUGGAGGACACACACUGGGAGCAAGGUGGGUUAAGUGUCUUGCCCAAGGACACAACGGACAGACUCAGGAUGGGGGGGAAUCGAACCACCAACCUUCCAGUUAUUGGACGACUGCUCUACCUCCUGAGCUACUGCCGCCCCGACAAUAAUUUAACACCCAAUACUUAACUUAUUGUUUUUAUUUAUUCAUUUUUAUUUUCUAUUGUACAGCACUUGGGUUCACCGAAAGGGUUGUUGUAAAGGGCUGUAUAAAUAAAGAACAUUUACAUUUACAUCUACAAGUCACGGUUAGGGUCAUUUUUAAAAGUUGGACUAUUUCACAUUGAAGGUAAGGUGGUCAACGAUCGUGCAGCAGGAUAUCAGUGUGUGAAAGUGUCCAGCUGUCCGUGUGAGUUCGCCGGCAGGAGUUAUUCACCUGGAGACAUGCGCAGCACCAAGUGUCAAUCAUGGUGAGUCGAUAUUUUGUCGUGGAUGAUUAAUGAUUUCAUAUUUCUAAAAUGUCGUCUAUUUUUUCUCCACAGCAUGUGUGACAGUGGGAAAUGGCAGUGCUCGGAAAACUUAUGCGCAACCAGAUGUUCCAUUGAAGGGUAUUUCGUGACGACAUUCGACGGCAAACGAUACGCCGUCCCCGGUAAAUGUUCUUAUGUGGCCUCGCAGGUACAUUUUCCUUCAUUUCCAUCAUUCAACACAAAACAUUAACCCAAAGAUAUCCUCUGUUUUUUUAAACUGAUGACUGAUUGAUUUUUAAAGGGUCUCGACUGGAAAAUCCUAGUUAAGUUUUCAGCGAAGGCGCCCUCUCUAAAAACGGUGACACUGCAGAUUUUUCAGGUUUGUGUCAUUUUUAAACUUUUUAAAAAAACUUUCUAUCAAAUGUGGAAAAAGAAAUGGACGGUUUCUCUUUGGUAUUUACAGGAAAAAUACACAUUCUCACCCAACAUGGUUAAAGUCGGAGAAGAGGAGAUCACUGAACUCCACCUGUCUGGUAGAUAUGAAAGAAAUUUUGUCCAAUGGGCUUAUGUUGGGGUCCUUGAAGGCACCAUGAGGGGUUUUUAACUGGUUUAGAAAAUAAUAAUAUGGACUCUUUAUGACUUUGAUUAAAAUUCAACAUUAAAAAGUAACAGGAUGAGACAACAGAUAAGAGGUAUCCACACAAACCAUAAGUUCUUUACCGUAGGUUUAAUACAAAGGUCAAGAGGUAAAGCCAUCCACUGAUGUUAGCUAACUAAGUCACCCACUGAGUCACUCACCUUCCUUUGUAUCCUGUCAGAUCAUGCUUUGGUGUUCUGGCAGUCCUCCAUGUACGUUCAGGUGCAAACGUCCUUGGGAGUCAACAUCGAGAUACAGAUGUCUCCUGAAAUUCAGCUGUACAUCACACCACCUGGAAACCACACUGGGGUGAUCUCUGGUAAGGGUUUAAAAGGAAAACAAUGGCUUCAGUAUCCUUUUUAAGAUGUAAUUUUAUUUAUUUAAGCCUUUAAAAACUAUGAAAAGUUGUAAAAAAUACAAAGUUUGAUAUUUCUUCAUAAUUUUGUGUGUCUCAGGUCUUUGUGGCAACAACAACAAUGACACCACAGAUGAUUUCACCACCAGUAGUGGGAUUGUGGAGAACUCACCUCAGCCCUUUGCUGUUUCCUGGAGUGUUGGUGAUUGUGCUCCGAACAUACCCCCCACCUGCAUCAAAACAGACAACGGUACCUUUUAAUACACAAAAGUGCUCCGAAGUGGUGAUAUUAUUCACUUAAGCUUAUUCUCAAUCAUUUGUAGAAUAAAGCUCUGUAAAGAAUUCAGUCCUUGAAUCUGCAGGUUUGUGUGUUUUUUGUUAUGCAGAAAUAUUUGCCACUGAAAAAUGCUCCAGGCUGAAUGACCAGAAUGGCGUAUUUUCUGAGUGCCACGCUCAUAUCCCAACCGACUACUACUACACGGUAACAGCUUGUCACACUGAAGCUACAUUAUUAUCAGUUCUGUUUUUGAUAAAUUAACUCCGUUUCGGCUUUCAAUUCUAGGCCUGCAUCCAAAGAACCUGCAACUGUGAGGGCAACUUGCAGCAGUGCUUGUGUGCGGCCCUGGGAAGUUAUGUCAAAGCCUGCUCCAGUCUGGGUGUUGACAUUGGUGACUGGCGGAAAGUGACCAACUGCAGUGAGUUCAUGUUGAAUAUAUUCAGAUUAGGGAUGCACCGAUCUGAUAUUUGGAUUGGAUAUCGGAUGAAUGACACCGUUCCAGCGUUCUGAUCCAGUCUUUUUUUUCUCUUUUAAUUAAUAUUAUACACAGCAACACAGCGAUUCUGUUCGCUCUUUACUCAAUGUCUGUCUAUCCUUUUGCACUAAAUGUUUACAUGGAAGUCUGACUUCUUUUUGCUGUGAACUAAUGUGUAAUUUGUUAUUUGUUAAGACAUAAUAUCCAGUACAUUUAUAUCUGUGUUAAUUCGUUACCUUUUUUUAACAAGACUAAUGUCAAACCUGAUAUCUUCACUCACAGGGAAAGGUUUACAGUUCAUUCAUUCAACAGUAGUAUUGGAUCGAUAUCAGAUAUCAGCCGAUACACUCAGCUCAGGUAUCGGUAUCAGAUUGGAUUGGAAAAAAUAGAUAGGUGCAUCUCUAAUUCAGAUCCUGUCUGCAUCCUCAAAGAGUACAGUGAUAUUCAAAACAAAAGGUCCAAAAAGCCCAACUUUGAGUUGUUUAUCGGUAAACUUGUUUCUCAUGGUUGAUAUGAAAUGUUUGAGACAUGAUGUAUUUGCGCCUCGAGUCUUGAAAAGAGGAACUGUUAAUGCUCAUCAUAUUAAAACAGUAAUCAUUCAUUAUGUUGUGUUUUAGCUGUUAAAUGCCAAAACAACCAAGAGUUCUCCUACAACAUCCACUCCUGCAACCGUACAUGCCGUUCACUGUCUAGCCUCGACCCUCGCUGUGGACUGGAUGAUGAACCGGUGGAGGGCUGCGGCUGCCCGGAGGGGACUCAUCUGAACCAAGGACAUGUCUGUACACCGAAGGCUGAAUGCAAUUGUUUUUACCAAAAUGGCUCAACAGCUCCUGGACCCAUUAUCAUCGAUGGACAAAAGUGGUGGGUUGAUCAGAGUUGACUUUUCAAGAUUUUUACCUGAUGGCUAAAGCUGUUACCAACUUUCUACCUAAAAAGGAAGUCCUCCUAACGCUGCUGCAACAUGCCCAGCUGUGAUAUUAAACAGCUUUCGGUAACAUUUUACAAUAACCAUAACUUAUAAAUGAUAAAUAGACCCUUUAUAAAUGGUAAGCAGAUUGUUUAUUAAUGUUAUAAUGAAUUUUACAAUUUUAAAAACCUAAUCCUAACCCUAACCCUAACUAAACCAAAUAUUAACCAUUUACAAAGUGCUACUGACACACAUUUUAAUCUAGAUGUUUUACAACCAAUAUUUAAACCCUAUAUAAACCUUUAAUAAAUAGUCCAUUAAUAAUAAAUGAAAAUUAUUAACCAUAAUUUCAUUGCCUGUAAAUGGUAAAGUAACUAUCAACUUACAUGAAUAAACUAUCUAUUUGCCAUCCAAGGUAUCCAAGAUAAUAGGAGCUGCAGAGAGACAUGAGCUGAGAGAAUAAAUAGAAAAUUAAAAAUAAUAUUGUAAAAAUUAUAUUUGAGUAAAUCGUUUCAUUUUCGCCCAGAGAGAGGUGUAACUUGUGGCAGUAAAAAUAUAUUUCUAUUGAUUGAGUUGUAAUCAUCGACUGUAUAUAUAUAACGUUUUUAAAAGUUAUUAGGGGGUUCAGGUUUUCUAUGAUUGACACCUGGUACAGCCUAUGGGCGUUCAGGGAUUGCGUAGGUCUCCCGGGGGGAUACGCUGUUUGAGCCGAGCGUCAUCACAGGGACUCUCGGCGACUGCGCGGCCGAAGGCGCACAACGCUACUGCACAGCUCUGGUUUCAAGGAAGUGGAGAAAAACCCGGAAUUACCGAGAGCUUUUUGGCUUCAAAUCCGUAUACAGGCGGAAGGCGGAACCAGGUUGUCCAUCUUAUAUACAGUCUAUGGUUGUAAUGGAGUAACCGAUUCGUUACCGUCAUUGCUCCAGUAGCGCAAUUCUACUCGCGCAUGCGUUGUUCCGAAACUCUGGUAGCUAGCAGAUUCGUGCACCAUGGGCAGUGUAGUCAAAAUCAUCCCCCUUAAAAAACGAUCUUCCCAACUUUCCAUCUCUUGAGCCAUUUCUGUCAAUGAAUGUGGAAAUAUUACAAAAUUACCGCAGUUUUAACGUUUUGCGGGUAAGACGGAGCGGCGUCCUCACUGACUGCGGGCAGCGCGUGGAGCCACACGCACAAAACCGACAUACACCCCAAACAUUUCCCUCCCCGCCAGCGUCGCUAAUUCCCCACUAAACAGCUCUACUUUCCUUCUCCCUUUUCUGUUGGAUGGGUAACCAAGGUUGGAGCUCUAUCAGUCAACUCAAACACACAUUCACGCAGAUAAUUAUCCUUCUACUUACCUGCCGGGUGUCCAUUCCACCAUCUUGCCAGCUCGUGUUUCCAAAUCAGAAACAGAGCGCGUGAUUUCCGGGUGUAAAAUAGGUGGGUAUGGCGGGUCAAAGUGGUCACAUGAUGCAAGAAAAAAUAAUUCCCUUAUUUACCAUGAAUCCCUAAAAAUUAAUGCUUCAUUGAUUUGUGUAAAAACUGAGUUAAAAUGGCGAAAACUUACAGAAAAAGUAUGAAGGUUAAAAAUGGUUAAAAUGUGAAUACAUUUUUUUCUUUUUUCCAAACUACUGGGAGGGGCUAGAGGGGUUUAAAAGAAGGCUUCCUGCGCCUCUCUUCCUUUGAGUCUGGAGUUUGUUGUCUGGAAGGUCUUUUGAGGAAACUACAGGAAAGUAGAAUGAGAGUUUUGAACCUUAAGAAUUUAUUUAGUCUGGGAAAAGGAGAGUGUAAAGCAGUGUUUGAGUUUUUAAAACAAACAGAACUAAUAAACAGAAUUUAGUUUAAAGUAAAAAUGAAUUUAUUUUCCGAUGGGAUUAGGAACCUCUGCUCACACUCUUACAUGGUAGGUGGCCGUAAAACAAGAAGAAGAAAAAGUUGUAUGGAAGGUAACUGCAAACUGACUCUAGUAGUGCUGCUGUGUUUCAGUUUUUUUUCUCUUGAGAAUCUUGAGUUAUAGUGAAACUUUUGCCUUGUCGGCAUUUUCUUUUCUGUCUUGUACAUUUUGUAAAUGGUAUUUGACCAUUAUUUUUGCACUUUUGUAAAGUUUUUUGCACUGCACCUUGGAAGGCCGGCUAAAUCCGAUCACCAUCACUGUGUUUUCCACUACACCUGUGUUUUUCCACAAAAUUGUGAUUGUUUGAGCGAGAACCCCACAACAAGGGUCUUUGCGCAUAUUUAUUAAAAUACUCUGGGUGAGGCGGCGCAUGUGAAAAUGACACUUUUUUUUCCUUUUUAAAAAAAUAAUAAAAUGACAUCAGUGAGCAGCGCUGAUGACGCUGACGCUGUUGCGAUUUUAGUAUCAUGGCCGAGCGACAUGGACAGCUCAAUCUGAGGGAUUAUGUAAUAAAAUGAUUAUAUUUGCACUUUAGUGACAUAAAAUGGUUACACAGUUGGUUUCCCACCAUGUGCACCGUCAUCAGAACAAAAUACCUGUCCCAAACAAUAAAAACCACCAACCCCCCGAUAUAUAUAUAUUUUUUUCACAAUUCAACUACUCACCCCUGGGGCCAUAUUCUCAUGAAGUUUGGUGGGAAAAAAAAGUCAAAAGUUAUUGCCUCAAACCAUUGUUAUUGAAUGGUGACGCAUGAAGAAUCUCCAGUUGUUCCCAUCAGCCAAGGAAAAAAUACUCGACUCUACCAAGACAGAUUUACAUCUGUCAUGUUUUUUUGGAAUUUGCACCCAAGACAAGACACAUUUUUGUCUAAUGAGUCUAUCCUUAUUCAUCACCUGAAUCAGUGAACCUCUGUGGUGCAAUAAGGGAGCAGCAAGCUUCUCAACAUGUAAUGUAUUUGUGCAAAGCUGUGUCAUUUCUCAACUAAGUACUGUGUUUGCAGCUCUUGUGACGAUGGAGAACUGCGCUGUUCCAAGGACUGUGGUAAAUAUUUUUCUUUUUCUUUUGGUGUUUUCUUUGUUGUAUUGCCCCAACUUUAUUAUUUAAUAGUAGAUUUUCACCCAUAGGUUGACACGGUUUUCAAAUAAAAUGUCUAAAACUGCUUUGUACAAUAAAAAAACGUAAAAUCUUGACAAAUAAUUAAACUAACUUGUCUAUUUUUUUGGAUCAGAUUGCCGAAAUGGGACAGUUUGUGUUCACUGCUCAGAGAACCCGGUCAGCACCGCUCAAAAAACCUGUGACAGUCUCAGCAAACCAACGGUGGGUCAAGAUAACACAGAAGCUAGUUGGAUAAGUUCCUGAAUUCAAACACAUAUGCAUCUACUUUAUUCCACAUUCAUCACAUUUGUCCAAAGUAUUUCUGAUGUAACGUUGUGCUGAAGGACUGUUUUAAAUGUGAUCUUAGGGCACGAGUAUGACCUGUGAGAGCGGCUGUUACUGCCCACAUGACAUGUACGAGGAUCACCGUGGAAACUGUGUGUACCUGGAUAAUUGCACCUGUGUGUACAGCAGCCAAGUAUUCAGUGCAGGACAAAGUGUAAAAACCAACUGCAAAACAUGGUAACACCUGCGUUAGUUCUGCCGUUCCACCUGAAAGACUGAGAGUAAUGGUUGGAUUUGAGGUUGACGUCUGUCGCUCUGUCCUGCAGCGUCUGUGGACGGGGUCAGUGGCACUGCAAAGAGGAGCCGUGUCCUGGGAGGUGUCAGGUCUACGGAAACGGGCAUUACCAGACCUUUGACUCCAAAUGGUACCGCUUUGAUGGGAACUGCCAGUACACGCUCGUAGAGGUGAGAUCAAACAUGAAAGUGGAAAUGAAAUCCGUGCUUAUGACUCUUUGAUCCAGCUUUGUGAGUUUACCAAGAGCUGUCCACAAAGGAUGCUCCACGUCUAAAUACCCUGACUGCAGGGCAUGGAAGUAAAUCCUCUUAGGUUGCCUGUAUGUUUCUCCUCUUUAUAAACUGCAGGAUGACUGUGGAAAUGGAGACGGCACCUUCUCUGUGAGGGUGGAGAGUGUUCCCUGCUGUGAUGAGGCUCUCACAUGUUCUCGCUCCAUCAUCUUCGAUCUCCAGGUGGACGGUUGAUUAUUUUGCUAAUCUCAUUUGUCUUUCCCUAAAAAAAAAACUGAUACUUUGUUCACAUGAAUAUUGCAAAUUCUUCACAUAUCUUAUCCCUGUGCUGUCCCGACCCAGGGCAAAGUCACCUUAUUGAUGAGUGACAUGAGGGUGACCAGCCGCUAUCAUGUUGAUGGGACCCAGGAGGGCUCGCUGUACUUCAUCCACACUGUGGGACUCUACAUCAUAAUCUCAGUUCCCAGUGAGGGGAUAACUCUGAUCUGGGACAAACACACCAGGAUCACUGUGGAGCUGAGUUCAUACUGGAGGGUAAGAUAUCAGGAACUCAUAAUCUGGUCAUAAACUGUUUGUCACAUCACAAAAUCAUUCGACACCGACUCAGAUAUUCUUUUUUAUGAGCAUUGACCAUCACUGGUCAGUUAUGAUUUAACUAUCUCUCCUAAAGGGAACCAUAAAGUUCUUCUUCUCCUCCCUUUUUUCUUCUUAUUUUUAAUUUUAUUUUUCUUCUUUUUUUUCUUCUUCUUCUUUUCUUUUUCUUUUCUUCUUCUUUUUCUUCUUUUUCUUCUUCUUUUCUUUUUCUUCUUCUUCCUUUUCUUUUUCUUUUUCUUCUUCCUUUUCUUUUUUCUUCUUCUUCCUUUUCCUUUUCUUUUUCUUCUUUUUUCCUUUUUUCUUUUUUUCCUUUUUCUUUUUUUUCCUCCUUUUUUAUUCUUUAUUCUUUCUUUUUCCCCCUUUUCCUUCUUUUUUCCUUUUUUCUUCUAUUUCCUUUUUCAUUUUUUUUUCUUUUUUUCCUUUUUCUUUUUUCUUCUUUUUUUCCUUGUUUUUUCUUUCUUUUUUCCCUUUUUCCUUCUUUUUUUCUUCUAUUUCCUUUUUUUCUUUUUUCUUUUUUCUUUUUUAUUCCUUCUUUUUUCUUUUUUCCUCUUUUUCCUUCUUUUUUCCCUCAUAUUCUCAAUUUUUAUUCUCCUUUUCCCCCCUUUUUCUUCUUUUUUCUUUGUAUUACCUUUUCCUCUUUUUUCCCUCUUUUUUCUUUUCUUUUUUCUUUUUUCCUUAUGCCCCUUUUUUCCUCAUCUUUUUCAUCUUUUUUCUCCUUUUUUCCCCUUUCUUUUUGUUUUAUCCUUUUUUCUUUUUCUUCUUUUUUUUCUUUUGUUUCUUUUUUUUCCCCUUUUCUUCUUUUUUUUUCUUUUUUCUUCCCUUCCGUUCUUCUCCUUCAGCACAAAGUGUGUGGCCUCUGUGGGAACUUUGACUCCAAUGAGAUGAAUGACAUCCAGCUCAGUGGUUCAGCAGGUAAACAUGUUUUCCUCUUUGUCUUAUAAAGUACAUUAUUUUUGCAACAGCUGUCAUGAUAAAGGUAAUAAUCUGUUUUAGGGAUGUCCAGCCCCCUGGCCUUUGGGAACAGCUGGAAAGCUGCCACUCCUCCCUGCUCUGAUGUGAUAACUGAGAUUUUUCCAUGCGAGCGACACUCUUACUGCUCUGCCUGGGCCGAGCGCCGCUGUAUGAUUCUUAAAGGAGACACGUUCCAAAGCUGUCACUUGAAAGUAUGUAUGUUAUAUAUUUGUAGCGGCUAUUUAGAUUAGUAGGUAGGUAAAUGCUCUGUUGUUGAUGAUUCUGAAUUUUCCAGGUUGAUCCGGAGCCCUACUACCACGCCUGUGUGCAAGAGUCCUGCUCUUGUGAGUUUGAAGGGAAGUUCCUGGGCUUCUGCACGGCUGUGGCGGCCUAUGCACAAGCCUGCAGCGACCAGGAUGUGUGUGUAGACUGGAGAACACCUGAUAUGUGUCGUAAGUUAACCCAGUACGACGACUUCCAGUUAGAAACAUACACUAACAUAACAUCAUGAACACCUGUCUGAUCUGAUGCAAUGUAACACAACAUACCACUAAAUCUAUCUCAGGAGGCUUCUAAAUUUGCAGGUUACACUGUCAUGAUCAGACAGGUGAUUGUUGUACUUCACAUUCAUUAUUAAAGGCACAGUGUGUGAUGCUAAACUGAAGGGUUUGUUUACUCUCUUGAUAAUAUGGUGAUUAUUGUCGCAUUUACCACAUUUUAAAAUGACGUAUAAAUGUUCUUUUCCUUUUCUUAGUGAUUGAGUUACUUUCUGCACUUUAUUAAAUGUUUUAUUGCAUUGUAUUAUUAUUGUUUAAUGAUGGCAAAAUAAUGCCUGACCAAACCUGCAGUAAUUCAGCUUUGAUUGUUGAACCUCAGCGGUCUACUGUGACUACUACAACGAGAAGGGUCAGUGUAGCUGGCACUAUGAAGCCUGUGGUCAGAUGCUCACCUGCGGCAGAAGCAACCUCACCCACAAGCUGGAAGGUACUGGAAUUGAACAAAUAACUCCUUUUAAGUGAAUUUAUGCUUUUUUUAUUCAACCGUCUUUGGAUCUAAUAGUAAACUAAUUCAGUGUUUAUUCUUCCAAAAGGUUGUUACCCAAGAUGUUCAAAGGACAUGCCAUAUUAUGAUGAAAAUACUGGUGAAUGCACCAAAUUAAGAAACUGCACCUGUGAUUUUAAUGGCACUGUCAUUCAUCCUGGAGCAGUUGUGUGGAUACAGUCCAAAAACUGGUAAGUAAAUGCUUCUAUAUUCACUUUUUCAGGUCAUCUGUGAUGUGCAGAUUGCUUUAUUUUCGACUGGAUUUGAUGUAACCUAACUUUUAUUGUCCUUGUCAGCCACUGUGAAGAUGGAACGAUCCACUGUCGUAAGUAUGAGUUAUUAUUCUGUAAAAAUGCAUAAACAGUUCACAUACUGAUUUAAAAAUGCAAGACCUUAACGUCCCUUCUGACCCAACAGCACCUACACCCACAACUACAACUGAACCUCCAACCACAACAGUACCAUCAACUGCAACUGCACAUCCAAUCACAACAAGACCAUCAACUACAAGUGAAAUAACUGAACCUUCAACCACAACAAAACCACCACCUUGUGCAUGUAGAGAUUUGAAGAGGAGAAAAAGCUGGUCUUGCAAUGACUCAUGGGUAGAGGACUGUUUUGAUAAGGUCUGUAAAAACGGGGCGAUAGAGCUGACUCCCGUUGAUUGUCCUGAGGUGACUAUGCCGAACUGUCCCAGAGGGCAGGCCAGAAGGGUCUCAGAUGGAUGCUGUGAAACAUGGAAGUGUGACUGUAAGUGGACCUCUUAUUGUCUUUUACUUUAAUCUAUCACUGCUCCUGUUUAUUGUUAUGUGUUUGUCCCCACAGGCCGCUGUGAGUUAUAUGGAGACCCCCACUACACCACUUUCCAAGGGGUAACCUUUGACUUUAUGGGUGAAUGCACCUAUGUUCUGGUAGAGGAGCGGUCGCCACAUCAUCACCUGACCAUCGCAGUGGACAACUUCCAGUGUGGGCCCAAAGUCUCUUGCGUUAAAGGCGUCAUCUUGAAUUAUCAGAACAGUACAGCUACACUAAAUAUCGAUCUGUCUACGUCUUCAGUAAAGGUGAAGGAAAAUACAGUAGCUCUUUCAUAGAUUUCUCGUUCCUCAGAUUACUCAUGUGAUGGUUGUUUUUUUUUACUUGUCUACUCUAUCACAGGCCACUCUCAAUAACAUGAUGAUAUAUCCACCAUAUGAGGAGCACGGGUGGAGGUUUGAGGUCUCAGGAUACACCGUGGCCAUCUACCUACCAGAGAUCCGCUCUUAUGUCGCUCUCGGUCAAUGGUAUAACCUGGUGAUCAAUCUGGCCAUGGAGCACUUCUUCAACAACACUCAGGGACAAUGUGGUGGGUUAAGAGAAACUGUGCAAAAAAAAACUGUAAAAUCUUCCAGAUCAUUGAGACUGAUUGCUGACCAAAGGUUACUUUCAGCUUUUGCCCACUAGAGGGCAGAAAAAGACAACAAUCCUAAUGAAACUGUAUAUUAAUGUGGAUGUUUUUACCUUCCUAUACAAACAGGAGGCAAAGAAAAAAACACACAAAUGGGAUGUUUGGCAUAAAAAGCAAACUUAAAAGUGUUUUAAGUGGCUGAAACCUGUAAAAAGGGUUAAUUUUAGGUUGAUUUGAGUUGAGUUGAGCCUCCUCCGCUCCUCUUCUUUCUCUCGAGGUGUGUGUGGUGUUGGAUCCUGCAUACGUAAAGGAGGGCAGAUGGAGGAUGACUCCUGCUGUGAAAAGACGUCCUAUGAUUGGGUGUACCCUGACCCACUGAAGCCGGCCUGUCUCUCUGCACCCAGGGAUGUCCCUUGCCACUCAUGGACUACUCCCCCCCCACACACCCCUUGCCCUGAGAGCCAACUGUGUGAGCUGCUACACCACCCGUAAGUUUUCAUGUUUUGUUUUUGCAUAUGUGUGAUAUUUUUGUGUGUUUUAUGAUUUUAGAAACAACCUAAUCUGUUUGUUCAGAAUCUUUUCAGACUGCGGCAAUUAUGUGGAUCUGAUCGUGAUAAAGAAGGCCUGCGAGUUUGACUCAUGCAGGACUGGUGUUUGCUCCGCACUCGAGCAGGCUGCGCAGGAGUGCAAGAGAGCUGGUUUCUGUGUUAAAUGGAGAAAUUUGACUGAUGGAAACUGUGGUAUGAACCUUUCUGCUCAUUUGAGUUUUCUUCUACUACGUUUUUAGAGCCGACCUGACUAAAAAAAGCUGAUAUUGUUGUUUCAGAUUGGGCCUGUCCAGAAGGACUCAUUUACAAAGAGUGUCACAACAAGCUGGAUGACUUCUGCUUUGGAGGGUUUGUCCAGUUCAUCAAUAUCCUCAUGACAUUUAUUACCACUUUGCAUAGUCCAAACUGUUAGCAGUUUUUAUGCAUGUUCUGGUUUGGCUUCACAGAGUGCAGCGUCCAGGAGCCUUGAUCAGGAGCGACAGCGCUGGCUGUUUUUGCCCCCGUGGCCUGAUGAGGGCAGGAAACCACUCAAACAUCUGUGUAUCAGAGUGUCCCUGUGAGUAUCAUGGCCUCGGAGGCUGUCACCGAACAUCCACAGACCAUUUUUUUCAUGUUUUUAUGGUUUGCUAAAGUACAGGUGCAUACUGAAGUAAGAAAAAGUGCUGAUAAAAAGUUUUUUCUUCCCACUUAGCUUGUAAAGGACCACUUGGUGAACCAAAACUGGUAAGUGACCCUUUUUUUCAGAGCCAAAGCAUGUGCACAUUUUUCCUUUUCUUGUCUGAAUUUUACAUGUCUCUCAGCCUGGAGAGAUGUGGCGGUCUGGAUGUCACCUGUGUACAUGCAACAACCAAACUCUGACAGAGGAUUGUUCUCUGAAACCUCUCAAUCCCCCUCCCACCUGUGGCCCAAAUGCUGAAUUAGUCAACACUUCCUGUUGUGGUGAUCUGACAUGCGGUAAGUCCACAUUUACAUUUGAAAUAGUUGUAAAAUAGCUCAUAAAUUUGGUCUUUUGUCUUUGGUUGAUUUUAAUUCCCAUGUUGUAUUUCAGUUGAGAAGACAUGCACACAUAAUGGACGAACAUAUAAGGUAUGUUGUUCAUGUCGUAUCUCAGAAAAGUGUCUUUUUAGUCAUUUUGAGCCCUAAAUCUGUCUUUUUUUUUAAAGGUGGGAGACAGAUGGAAGGAUGUCCACCAUCCCUGCAUGUCGUUCACUUGUGACAAAGACGGUAUCCAGACCGAGACCAAAGUCUGUCCUACAGAAACCUGUCAGGAGGUACUGAACAGCUGAUUCCAACUCUCAGCAUCUAAAACUCUAAAUCUUGAAAAACUGCAGUGUGUGUUUUUUAAAGCUCCUGUGAGGAACUUUGAAUUAGCGUCAGCUUUGGCGCCCCCCUGUGGACAUAGCAGUUUUUGCUCAUAACAAUAAAUCUCAUCCUGCUGGUUUUUGAAAGUCAAAUGUCUCAUUAAUUGUGAAUAUAAAGUGGGAAUGGUAAAAACAGGAGUGUGUCCACAGCUGCAAGGUUUAGACCUACCCCCUCACAUGGGUAUCAAACAAAAAAAAUAAGUCGUUUAUCAUCGCUUGGUUUGUCAUUGUAUCUCAUUAAAAGGCAUCACCAUGAAUUUCAGUCAAUUUCCUAAAUGUCAAAAACUCCCUACUGUAGCUUUAAGUAUUUUCUUAGCACAGUUUGAAGCUUUUCUCUGAAACUUAUCGCAUAAAUUGUAAAUAACUUUCACAAAAGCAGAAAAACUUUCCAAAAUGAACGAUCCAAACAAGAACUAACAUUGAGGACUUUUGAUAAACUCAGCAGGAGGACAGAGUUUGGGACGAUCAACACUGCUGCUUCACAUGUGAGUCAAGUCAAAAAGCGUCAUAUCAGCAUCAUCACCAUCGCUUUCAUGAUCCUUCAGUAUUUUACGUCCAUUAUCUUUAAAAUUUCCUCAUUUGUUGUCUGUGUUGAUCUCACCCUCAUGAAUCUGCUCUGUCUCUAGGUAAACAAAGCUGUGUCCCAAAGGUGACCAGCAUCAACAUCACCAUAGACAACUGCACCGCCGUCAUAGAGAUGCCUGUGUGUCAGGGCCAGUGUGUUUCACAGCCCUGGUAAGGAGGAAAAAUACCACAAACUGAUUGGUUGGCAUGGAUACAGUCAAAUUUGACACACUUUUAAGUAUUGUUUUUAAUCUCCCCUCCCUCUCCUCUGCCUCUCUGCACACUGCACCAGGGUUGUGUUUCACGGUGACCUGCAGGUGGCGCAGGAGUACCAGUGCUGUCAGGAGCAGAGUUCAGAGAGGAGAAUGGUGACCCUGCAGUGCUUCGACCGCCGUGCCAGACAAUAUGCCUACAAACACGUCACCAGCUGUGAGUGCAGAGCCUGCGGCAUGUUGAGCGAAAAAUGAGAGAAAACUCACCACGGCUAAGAAAUCGUGAUUUCAAGAAUUACCAAUCACAGUACAAUCUGUCUUAAAUAAAUUAUCACUUUAAAUAACCCUGUUUGGUAACACUUUAUUUGACGCUUAUCCUUAUAACCCAUUAUAAAUAUAUUUAUAACGUGUUAUAAUCAUGUUAUAGCACUGUAUAACAAAAGUUAUAAACACUUAUAAAUGAUCAUAAAGCUUUAUAGCAAUAAUCAUAACACAUUUUUAAAGCAUUUUACAAGGUGAGGUAUUAUUAUGUGUUAUGCUUAUUGUUCUAAAGCCUUAUGAUAAUUAAUGAGUGUUUAUAAUGAUAAUUGUAGAAGUUUAUAAGCAAAUUAUAACACUUUAUCAAUAUAUGUAAAAUGCAUUAUACAUAUAAUGCACUGACAAUAUCUGCAUUAUCUAUUUGGUCAUUGUCAUUAUAAUACCUGACCUUGUAAGUCAUGAUAAAAUGCUUUACAGUGUGUUACAAUUAUUGCUAUAAAGCAUCAUGAUCAUUUAUGAGUGUUUAUAACUAGAGUUCUACAGUGCUAUAACAUGAUUAUAAUGCAUUAUACAUAUAGGUGUCAAAUAAAGUGUUACCCCAUGUUAUUUUUCUAAUAUAACUUAAUCUGUUUUCUAUCACAUAAACUGAAUUUUGUAUUAAUCUCAAGUCUUAUAGAAGUGUCAUUUAUACAGUAAAAUAUAAUAAUUCUCUUCAUGCUAAUUCCUGUCCUGUCCUGUCUUCAUGCAAAUAGUCCUAAAAGGGAUGUUUAAUAAAAAAAAAAAAAACUACAAAUAACAAUUUCAACAUGUGGCCAUGCAGGUAGCUGUUUUACUUAUAUAUUACCAAUAUAUCUGCACUUUUAGACCGAAUGGAUUUAAUCUUAAAGAUUUGCUUUAAAGGCGCUGUAAGGAGUUUUUAACCAGUUGAUAAAGUCUGAUAAUUUCAUUGUUUAUUUCUUUGUUUGGAACCCCAGUAGCUCCCACAAAGUGAUUCUCAGUCUCCCUGGGGUCCCAAAAACUUAAAAUCACAUUACAAUCACAUUUCAACAAUUAAUUAAUAAUAAAUACAAUUACAGAUUCAAACCAUGAUUCUUCACAACAUUAAAACAUCAAAAUCACUCCAAAAUCUGUGCUCUUAUUGUUCAUUCAUAUAUAGUUUUGUUUUAAAGUCCUUUUUAAAAUUACACCUGCUGCUUAUUUGCUGUGUGUUGUUGCAGUUUUUGCUGGUUAAAAAACCUGCAAGAGGGUAGAAGUCAGACCACAUGAUUGACAGAUGACUGAUAGGAGGGGCAAAUAUCAACACGAAUCAAAAGUUGCUCACAGCAGCUUUAAAUAGUGAAUGCAUGACGUUGUUUUUGUCAUAACUACAUUACUACAGUCUGGUUUUAGCGAAUAAUCAAAAUGCUGGUCUAAGAAGUCUUUUCAGGUGAUAUGAUGUGCAGCACUCAGCCAUUAGUACUCGGGGAGAAGCCAUUGUUAGGGGCUAUCAAUAGGACAGGAAGACUUUGAUCAGUCCUAGGAAACACCCAGCCUUACAAAAGCUGCAUUUCUCCAGGAGGAGAAAAGCAUUAGAGUCUUUGAAAACAGCAGACUAACACAAAACAGCAGCCUUGUAAAAUAAUCUUUGGCCCGCUUCACGCUGCUGUUUGUUUGUUGUGCAUUCAAAAGGAUGGAUACGGUGGAGGCUUAUGAUGUUCACAGAGGAGGAUGUGUUUGUGUGCGCAGGCUGUGAGUGUCUGCGUGUGUGUGUUUGCAUACAGUGAACCUGUGAACCUUCCGGUGCUGGUCAGACCCGCGUCCCACUGGACCUUACUCAACCAGAGCGGUCACGUUUGGGUUUGCAUGUGUGCGCGUGUCUGUGUGCGUGAGGGUCGCAGGGAGUUGGAGGGCUUUUUAUUGACAUGAUCAACAAGUGGCUGGGUUACUGAUUACAGGUGAUGUUAUAGUUUGUUUGUGAUAAGACCGCUGCUUUGAGCACAAAGUCCUGCCAGGUACAAACCUGCUGCUGCUGCUGCACCACAUCCUUCCUCUCCCUCUCAGGAGCUCUGCUGCCUCUCAGGUAAAUUAGUUUUUUUUUUAUUUCUAACUGUGCAAAGUGUUCAUCUUCUAUGUAAAGUCCUGUUACUAACCAACAUUAGAGUGCUUUAUCUGUUUUUAUUGUAAUCUGAUUGGAAAAAUGACAGAAUUUAGCAAAAACUCAAAAAGGGAUGAAGUUUUUUUUCUUUUUAUGGACAUUUUCUUGACUAAAAAUUCACAUUUUUCUCUGUUAUAGUCAUUAUAAAACAGAAAUUGGUCUUUUUCAUUAUUAAGAUAUUUUUAAGAAAAUAAAGUUUGAAGUGAAUUGAGUUUUCCUUUUGCCCUAAAUCUUGUUAAAUCUCUGUGUUUUGCCUGCAGGUGCUUUAGUGUUGUGUCUGUCUUGCUUGCAUCUGUAA